AUGAAACUGGUUACCUUCUUAAUGAAAUUAACAAACGAAAAUGUCACCAUCGAGUUAAAGAACGGGACCCUUGUGACGGGGAUCAUAACGGGGGUGGACAUCAGAAUGAAUACCCACAUGAAGAACGUUAAAGUCGUAAUUAAAAACAGGAAUGUCGGUGAGUAUAAUGUUAAUACGAAGCAAUUUUUAUCACUGGAUCAUGUAAUUAUCAGGGGGAAUAAUAUACGGUAUUUUAUUCUCUCCGACAGCCUACCGCUCGACACGCUACUGGUGGAUGACACGCCCAAACAGAAGAUGUCCAAGGACAAGGGCUAUGCAAGCAGGGACAAGGUGAAGGCCGGUGGAAAGGGCAGAGGCCGCGGUCGAAAAAUUAUGAAAAGGUAG